GGUUAAUUCAAACAGGAUUAUUUAGUAGCAUCUGAAGAUGUCAGAUAAAGGAAGACUGCUGUAAGACAGUUUUCGAUGAUUAGCUGAUAAGCUGAAUGAACAAUAAUAAACUGUUUAGGGGAAUGAUCGAGUAUGUUAGAGCAGCCUUCAACCUACUAAGCAAUUAGAUAAAUAUGCUGAAUGAAGGACAAUAAAAUGUGCCAGUCUUGUAAUGUAACACUGGAAUUCAGAACCAUUUACUGCUCUUCAUACAGCUUAUGUGUCAAAUGAUUUAGUAGGCUGUGAACACUUCAGAUAGGAGAAGGCUGAAAUCUGAUCGUCAGAUGAAAUGGUUGAUAUACAGGAGUAAACUGUGCCAGAUUCUAGUGCUGAUUCUACGCAUGAUAUAUUGUCAUUGCUCUGCCCUCCAGAUCGAGAGCCACCAGCCCACGUGCCCCUGUACCCUACAUCGUGUGACAUGGCGGCCCGAAGCCUGCCUCCUCAUCUGCUACCCCCACCCCCAGCAAAAAGAGAUAACUUUGGGAAAUCUGAAGACAUUAUAAAGAUAGAGCUGGAAAAUGUAUCGCUAUGGAAGCAGUUUAGCACCGUUGGCACAGAGAUGAUCAUCACCAAGAAGGGCAGACGGAUGUUUCCUCAGUUGAAAGUAAAGGUGUCUGGCUUAAACCCAUCUCUGCGUUACAUCCUACUGCUGGACAUCAUACCUGUAGACUCCUUUCGCUAUCGUUUCCAAGAUGACAAUUGGCAGGUGGUGGGAGGCGCUGAAGCUCGACUUCCUGACAGGGUGUUCAUCCACCCAGACUCUCCUGCAACUGGGGAACACUGGCAGAACCGAACCAUAUCUUUCCACCGAGCCAAACUCACCAACAACACACUGGACGGACAAGGAUAUAUCAUUCUGCAUUCCCUGCACAAGUACCAAGCACGAGUGCAUGUGGUUGAAACCAGAGAUGUGAUGAUGUGGGGUGGAGCUCAACACACCUUCACCUUUCCUGAGACCCAGUUCAUCACUGUCACAGCCUACCAGAACAACAAGGUAUAAAUAAAUAAAUGUCAGACUUUACAUCGAGUGUGUAAUUCGUUAUGCACAGUUGGGUACAAAACACAAGAAGAGAUCAGUUAACUUUAUCAGUACUUGCAAAAAUUUCUGUGAUUUUCUGUGUUUUCUUAGAUAACUGAACUGAAGAUCAAUUCCAAUCCCUUUGCCAAAGGUUUCAGGGAGAAUGGCAUGAACAGCAAGAAG